AAAAAAAUCUGAAAAAUCAUAUGAUUUCGAUCAUAUUAUAAAAAUGCAAGAUUAUAAUGAGAUUGAUACUAAAGCCUUUACCUAUGCCAAAAGACGUGAAGGACAAUGCUUGGCUAAACGAAGAUGUCGAUAUAUAUUCGAAGAAUUAUUAUAUAAAAAAUUCCCACCUCGAAAACCUAAAUUUUUAGGAGGCUUACAACUUGAUGGAUAUAAUGAGGAAUUAUAUUUGGCCUUUGAAUAUAGUGGCAAUCAGCAUUAUCAAAUCGUUCCUUUUUUCCAUCCACAAGGACAAAUUAAUUUAGAUGCACAAAUUCAACACGAUUAG